UCUUUGGAAAUCAAUGGGAGUAUGCGCUCAAUAAAUCAUGUGACCAGAGAGGAAGCCGAUGUCGUCGUCAUUGGUGCUGGACUUGCUGGUCUAACAGCAGCCCGCGAUAUCAUCAAAUCGGGUCUAUCUUGCAUCAUCCUAGAGGCUAGAGAUCGCGUCGGCGGUAAAACCUGGAGUCAACAGCUUGCUGAUGGAAAAGGAACAGUGGAUCUGGGAGCUGCUUGGAUCAACGACGUUAACCAGACUCAAGUAUAUGCAUUGGCUAAGCAAUACAACGCCGAAUUGAUUGAGCAAAACACUACUGGCCAAAGACUGAUCAGAUUAGUUCGAUGCUGCAGCAAAGAGGAUGUGGCACGAAUCCGCGAUAUGUGCGAGGCCGAUUGCCAGAAAUUGGACACAUUCAAUCCUGACGACAAAAUCCUUGACUCGAUGAGUUUCGAAGCAUACCUACAAUCACGCGGGGCCAGCGAAACAAGCAUGUCUACAGCAACUGUGUGGACACGAGCAAUGCUCGGACAAGAACCCAAAGAUCUGUCUGCAUUGUACUUCCUCAACUACUGCAAGUCAGGNGGUGGCCUUUUACAGAUGAGAUCUGACAGAAAAGGCGGUGGCCAGCAUCUUCGCGUACGUCAAGGGAUGCAGUUGUUCUCGAAGGGACUCGCUAGUGAUCUGCCAAAUGGAGUGAUACGUCUAUCCAGUCCAGUCAUAGCCAUCAACAACAAUACUGGUAAUGGCACCGUCGAAGUACAUACCCAAGGCCAGAUUAUUCGUGCUCGCAAGGUCAUCACUACUGUCCCUACGCCAGUACUCAGGAACAUUUCCUUCUCGCCGGACUUACCUUCAAGCAAGCGGACAUGGAUUGAGUCGACGACCUAUGGCUACUACACAAAAGCCAUGAUGGUCUUUCGUACGCCUUUCUGGGUUGACAAAGGCUUUUGUGGCCUCACACAAUCUUUCAUCGGUCCUGCGGGCGUGAUACGCGAUACCAGUUCUCCGACAGACAACAAGCACAUCCUGACCUGCUUCCUAGGUGGCAAACCUGGUUUCGCAUGGGCAGCACUAUCAGAUACGGAUCGAGAACAGAGUCUUCUGAAGCAAAUCGGUCAGCUCUUUGAUGCAGAAGAUGUUGCUGAGAAGGAAUUUGUUCAACUGGUUACUUAUGAGUGGGUUAAGGAUGAAUAUUCUGGAUGGGGAUGUCCCUGUACUGGGUUGCCUCCUGGUGUACUUUCUUCGCUUGGCGGUGGGAGUUUGAGGAAACCAUGGGCAGAUAUGCAUUUUGCUGGUACGGAAACUGCUGGGGAGUGGAAGGGUUACAUGGAAGGUGCUGUGCGAAGUGGUGAGCGUGCAGCAGCAGAGGUACUCAAGGAUCUUCAGGGUUGA